AUGUCAUCAAUACAAGAAAUUCUUAAUACAACUCAACUUGUGCUUAGUCGAUAUAUACUACCUAUCUGCCUUAUUUUGGGAAUAUUUGGUAAUGUUUGUAAUAUUUGUAUUUUUAUUCAAAAAAAGCUGCGCGUAAAUGCUUGUUCAAUUUAUUUUCUUGCUGCAUCUUCUGUCAAUUUAUUGAUUAUUAUUUUUGGAAUUAUUCCAACUAUAUCUGCAUCUUACAUAGCUGAUCCUUCGCUUUAUUUAACAUGGGCUUGUAAAUUAAAAUUAUAUGGAUUACAUUCUUUAUUAAUGAUGUCUCGUGUAUAUAUUACUUUGGCUUGUAUUGAUCAAUAUUUUUUCUGUUCAGCAAAUCCUCGCUUACGUCAAUUCAGUGGUCGAAAAGUUGCAUUAAUAGCAGUACCUAUUGUACCAGUAGCAUGGCUUCUUAUACCUAUUCAUAUGUUGAUCUUUGUUGAUGUUCAGAUACCAUAUGUUAAAUGUGGAACAUCAGGAGUAUAUAGUUUAGUUUAUAGUAUAUAUUCAUUUGUUUGUUCAUCAAUACCUCUCAUUCUUAUGAUUAUCUUUUCUGCGUUGGCAUUCUAUAAUUUACGUAAAUUAAGUCAACGUGUUGUACCUGUUGCUAAUACUCAAUCAUCAGUAGCAAAUACUCGCAUAAAAAAAUAUGAUUAUCAAAUAAUGGUUAUGCUUAUAUUUGAAGUGGUUAUUUAUCUUAUUUCGAAUGUUCUUCAUCCAACCAAUACACUUUAUAUGACAUUGACAGCAGUUCCAAAAGGUAGUCCACCAAAAAGUGCAUUACGUUUGUCUAUUGAAGGUUUUGUUACUUAUCUUACAUGGGGCUUUUUAAUCUACAUUAAUUCAUGUUUAACAUUCUAUAUUAAUUUUUGUGUAUCAAAAGUUUUUCGAUCACGAUUCUAUUAUUUAUGCAUUUUUGUUUUCAAUUGGUGUAAAUAUGGUCAAAGAGGACAACUUCAGAAUCGAGUUCACCCUAUGGAUGUCUCGGCAACAGUGAAAUUUACCCGGGCACAACAAUAA